ACUAUGAACAUCAAUGAUACUAACGCAUUGAACUACCAAAUCAGUCCGUUCAUAACCAAUCUAUCACUAUCCGAGGAUGAACUCAUCUCCACAACAACCACAUACGAAUCUAAUGUUUAUAUCGGCACCACCAAGGGAAUCAUACUACAUUAUCACCACUUUGAUGAUGUACCUGAAUACAUACUAAUAUCACAACUACAAAUCUCAGAAAUGCCAAUAACUCGAAUUCUAAUACUACCUGUAUCGAAACGAGUAGUAGUGUUGGCUGGCCGAAUAGCACAAGUUUAUUCACUCCCUGAACUUUCCCCAUGUCAUAUCAAACGCAUGAAAGAUAUAAACGAUAUAGCACUUUUACGUAUAGAAAACCAACCAGACUCGAUUCUUGUACUAUCACCUACCAAAGUUCGAAUAAUCCAGUUACAUGGGGAGCAAAUCAAAAUUGUUCGUGAGAUCCAUUAUACCAACGCUAUAGCUGGAGAUUCAUUCAAUCCCGCAAAUUUGAUCGUGAUUGCCGACGGAAGUAAUUAUGAUAUUAUUGAUAUAGAACAUAAUCGGAAAAUUCCCUUAUUUGAAUAUAGAACUGAUCAAGAAGUGAGUCCGAUAUUGACUUCAUUCUAUGCUAACGACACCAAUCAAAGUGAAUUACUCUUGACUAUCCUGUCAGAUGUAUCGACGGCCAUAGCUAUGUUUAUAAAUGGUACCGGAGAUGUCACAAGAGGAACUUUGACUUGGGUUGGUGAAGGAUAUCCUAACGGAGGUGUUGUCAUCGAAUGGCCGUAUGCACUUGCAAUAUUCAACUCGGAAGAGAAAUCUAAAUUAGUUGUGUCUUCGUUAGAAAGUCUUGAUAUUACAAUUGCAAUGAAUUUAUCUGAUUUUAAGCAGCUGGAAAGGAUAGAAAAGAAUGAGGCCAUAGAAACAGACAAACACUAUUCAAUUAAUAAGUUGGAUAAGUUUCUUUCUAUUGAGGAUGUAUCAGUGAAGCACCUUCUCUCGACCAAAGAUAGAAAUGGUGAAUUAACCCAACCAUUGUCAAGAAUAACAACAGAUAUACUCAUACACAACCAAAAAGAAAUAUGGUCAAUUCAUAAAACCAACCCAAUAAUAGAAAUACAUAAUCUGUUCAUGCAUGCCCUUGAAACUGAAAAUUUCGAGGAGUUUCUUAAAAAAGACAUUUCCCAUUUAGCUGAGGAAUCCAAGAAUUAUGCUAUACAUUUACAAUUUCUUGCAGUAUUACAUUCGAAAAUGGAUAAUAUAUUAACCUUUGCAUUGAAACAAUAUCUAAAUGGACCUAUAAUAUCGCCUAAAUUAGUAUUACACCUCCUUGGUGGCUCAGAAUAUAAAUAUGAUAAAGUGUUUGUCGGAUUAGAAAAAAUAAUUGAGGAUUGGAAAGAUGAACCUGAUUUAGAGCUCUUGAAACGAUACAUUACGGCAUUGCCAUCUCAAUAUUGGACUCCCGAGCUUAGACGAGCAUAUUACAGAAACGCAACCGAAUCAGAAGUCUUGGAGUUUUUCAAGAAGGAUUCAUUUUGGAAUUCAUAUGAUGACUUAAAUAAGGAGCUUAUAGAAUUGUUUAUUACUAAGUCCUUGAGCGGUGCAAUACUAGAGGCAUACGAGACAUUAUUUGAACAUGAUAAUGAUAAUCGUUUGCAGAUAGCCAGCUUAUAUGCAAACAUACUAUCGGAAGAUCUAUCACGCAAGCACAUUCACACGGCAAUUAAAUUACUUGGCAGUAAUACUCUCACCGAUAAAGAUUAUGGAAAGUUACUUCUUGAAGUGAUCAGAGUAGACAAGGACAAAGGUGUUGAAUUUAUGAGAUCAAAAGCUGCAAAACGCUACAAUGAUAUAAACAGAGCUGUAACCAAAGAACUUUCAGAUUCAUCCAAGGGAUUUGCUAUAUUGCUGAUUGAACUAUUGGAAUCUUCCUUCUUGGAAGAUACAGAAAAUCAGGAAAUAUUUGAUGAAUUGCUAGAGACAAUAAGUACCACCAUGAUUUCCUCCACUGUAUGUUCUGAAGAAGCAGAAGCAUCAUAUGAUCUUUUAUUGAGGGAGUAUGAAGCAAUUAAUUCUCUAGAGAAAGACAAAUGGCCCAAGAUAUCUUGGUUGGAUUUUGUUAGUAUUAGUGGGAAAUCCAAGGACUCAGAAACUUUAUUUGUAUUAUACUUGAAAUCAUUUGAACUCUGUUGGGUAAAAUACCACAAAUAUGGCAAGGUAUAUACUACGCCAGACCAUAAGCUCUUUCAAUAUCAUCAGUUCAUUGCUCAACCAAAUAUUGAGAAGUUACUUGCAUUCCAUGAUUACAGCAAUGCAGAAACAGUGGCUAUUAUAAACCAAUUAGCAUUACCCAAGCAAACAUUCUAUUUUCCAAAGUUUACCCCAGAACAAAAAAAGAUAGAGGAACAACAAGUUCAACAAUCUUUGCUUGGAAUAUUCAAAUUCUAUUUGAAAUUAUAUGAAGAAGAAAGAAAGGUUGAGCCAGCAAUUGAGCAUUUCGUGGAAACCUACAGUAAAAGUCACAUAUCACCUGUUGACUUACUAGAGAUCAUCCCCAAUUCGUUCCCUUUAAUAUACCUUCUCAAGUUCCUCGAACAUGCCAUUGUCGAUCUCAAACUGAGUUCCCGUGAAACUAACAUUCGUAAAGUGGUAACCAAGUCAGAAUCAUCACGUAUUAAAAAGUUAUAUCAAGAUUUUCUUACUGUAUAGAUAUAGAUCUAAUUCUAUUUACAAGAAGCCAAGCAAUAACAAGAUGUAAUCAGCAGCAAUACCAAACAAGAAAAUAAACCCAGUAUUAAUGUUGGAGGUGAAUGCGCUCCAACAACUUUUUUGGUCAUCUAAAUCAACCUUGGAGAUUCUGUUGUAUAACCUACCAAUAGCAUAAGCGCCAGCAAUGUAGAAACAUGGACCCAUGGAAUUCAUGACUCCGGCUAAAGUGUAGAAUCCAGCUUGGGCAACAGUUAAUCCCUUCAUGAUUGGUUUGGACUUGUCGCCCCAAGCCAAGGCCGUGGAUUUAAUACCAGCAUGAAUAUCAAACUUUUUGUCUUGAUGAGCGUAAAUGGUAUCAUAAGUCAAACACCAGAUCCAAUUGGAUAUAAAUAAAGGAAUAGCUACCCAUAAGUUAAGAGGAGCACCCACGGCUGGGAAACCCAAGAGACAACCCCAACUAUAACAGAUCGAAAGCAUGGCCUGGGGAUAGUAUGUGAAUCUCUUGAAUAAUGGGUAUGCUGCCACGAACGGUAAUGCUAAAGCACCCAAGGCAAAACAUUGACUAGGCAAACUUAAUAGGAUACCCAACCCGGCAAAACAUUGUACACCCAUCCACCCAACUGCUUGAGGAACCGAGACUCGGCCACUGGUGAUUGGACGUUCCAUAGUUCUAGCCACUUGGUUAUCUAGGUUUCUAUCCCAGAUAUCGUUAAUUGUACAUCCUGCUCCUCUCAUAAUCACAGCACCAACAGAGAAUAACCCAAUGGCGGUGAGCGUGGUAGAUAAUGGUGCGUGAAUGGAGUAGGAGGCCAUGGUGAUCCCCCACAUUGAUGGAAUUAAUAAUAGCCAGGUACCCACUGGUUUCUCCAACCUCAUUAGUUCAAAGUACGGGAUCCAUUUCUCGGGUAAUUUAGAUAACCAUCCUAAACCUGCCAAUCUGGCUAAUCUUGCAGCUUCAAGUUCUUCUGGUUUGAAUUUUGAUCUUGCGAUUUCAAGUUGAGUCAAGGGUUUGGCAGGGGUGGUGGCAGUGGCGGUAGUUGGAGGAACCGAGUUCAAGACAAUUCUUGUCAGAGCAAGGUUUCUUGUUAUUAUGUGUCUUAACCCAAGAGGUUUUUGACGUAUCAAUGAUCUCCAGAGUGUUGUGGUGUUCAUUGGUGAUCUCUUUGUGGUACAAGCAACUAAAAAUCACUAGACGAGAAAUUUUUCGCGCUUUUCAAUUCACCCGACAAGAUCGGUGAUUGGAAGAUGGUCAAGGUAAACAGAGGUUAUGCCAUUUGUAAAUCCUGGUCAGCACCAAACGCUUCAAACUCUUGCUCAUUGCCCUGUUGAAAUCUUUCUCUCAUAACUCUAUGCCCAUCAAUCAACGUCUUUAAAUUGAUCAACACGUCACUGGUUUGUUCUGGUUCUUUGAAAGUGAAGAUUUGACGACACAUAGGACAUAAUCCUUUAGAGCUCUCUUGUUCUAGCCAUUUUAAUAUACAAUGCAAGUGGAAAUUAUGGGUGCACCCUGAUCCAAGGACAAUGGGACAAUCAUCACCGGGGUAUUUACAAUUAGGACAAGUUCCAUCAAACGAUACACGACAAAUCCCGCAUAAUUCUUCAACGUAUCCUGAAUCAUCGGCCGAUGUAGCCAAAUCCCAAUGCCAGGUGGCGAAUGACUUCCAUUCUAGAAUCUUAACCUUCAUGGUGAGGGUGUGGGGAUGUGAGUAGAAUGGCGUGUUGCUAACGUUGGUUGUC